UCUAAAAUCUCAUCCCUGAAACCAUCAAUGACAAUGGAACAUCUGCAUUACGAAACAUAUCCUAGUAUUGGAAUCAUCCGUUGAAAGAUCCUUUGUAUUUGUACCUUUUACCUUUUGCCUUUUGUCUUCCUUCGAAAGUUUUUCAGUCUUCCAUUUUUCGAAUAUUAUUUAACGUAAUUCGAAGUGUUUGUGUAUUAAUCGAGCUUAUAUUUUCAUUCAUUUGUGGAAUGUUCUAGAUUUCGAACGACUUUAUUAAUCGAAUUAAAAAAAUGGCUAAAGCAGCAACUGUGCCUUCGUUCGCAUCACACGAUCACUACUAUGAUCCGAAUUUCACUGCUGAAAUCACAGCCAAAAUGCAGGUUCCUAAACGGAUCAAAGUAGCUGGUAAUAUAGACGAUGACGAAGAAGAAAUCGCCCCCAAAUUACCCUGGCAGCCGGAAAAAAUCGAUAUGAGGGUUCCCGAUAGGAUCCUGGUCGCUGGUCAAGAUCGACACAUUGGGACUCCAGCACCGCCCCGAGAGCUAAUUAUAGAGAAUACGGUCAUGCCCCCGGAUCCUGGUUUAAUUAGAGUUCAGACUCCUCCUCGAGUUAUCACGUUGGAUGAACAUUAUUUCCCAUCUGCGACCGAUGAUUAUUACGAUAGAGAAAACAACGGCGGUAUUAAUGAGAUUUCGUACAGUCGUAAGAACGAUUACAACGACGAUGUGUUGCUGGAAACAUCGCAGAAUAAUUUCCUCAACGAUACCGUCAACCAGAGCGAUUUCACAGCGGUGGCUAGAAGUAAUGGUCCAUUUCUGAGAACCGAAGAAGAAGUGGUUCAUUUGAGAAAACAGCUGGUAAAGUUGAACCGUCGUGUCAUGAACAUCGAACGCGAACUCGUCUAUAACCAGCAACGAGAUAAAGCACUUUUGGGCAUAGGAGCUGUCUACGUUUUGAUUAAGUUUUUCAUGUGGAUGAACAGGAGUUCGUAAUUGACUCGUCCAUCGGAUUUGCAUUUCGAUAGUUUUACAGAUAGUCGUUUUCUUUUUAUUUCCCCCCAAUAGGAGUCGAAUUAUUUUUAAUGCAUGUUUCUUCUUUGUAUUAUAUAUUUCUCCCAUCGAGAGAGGUUGAUCAUCUCCAUUAUGUUGUAUUUUGUAAAGCUCUACUACGAUAAGAUUGAAUAUUGAACUCACCCUUAUAAAUUAGGUAUGUUUCUGGUUUCGCUGAAACCGUUGUUUUCAAAGCUUUCAUCUCAUAAUAUGUUUUAAUUAAUUUGGAGAAGUCAUGGAUUUGAGAAUCUGUUGUAUUGAUUCUCUGCCUUUCUGUUGUUUGGUUUCAGUUUAUUGUACUAGUUUUUCUUAUACAAGGUUUGCGUCGUCGAGUUGCGAAAAUGUAUGUAUUUUUGUAUUAUUAUAAUCAUAUUAAUAAUUUUUAAAAGAUUGCCACAUU